GGAAUGCAGCCGCCGCUCCCACCCGAGGUGGUCCGAGAGCUGGUGCGCUCUUGCCUGCACAGAGAUCCCGUGGCGGCCGAUCUUCGCUGUAGCCUGUUUGUCGCUGCUGCCCAAAACUACAAAAAGGACUCUUUGCUUCGCCCCUUCCCUCCCCGAUAUGUUCACCGGGACAAUAAAGACUUUGACACGCUGUUGGUAGAUGUGAAUUCCUUCCCUGGCGUAAGGGAGUUAGUCCGACUGCGUCCAGGAGAGGGUGAGCGCCAUGUGGCACUUGCACACUGGAUCCUCUCGUCCAAGAGUUUUGCUGUCAAGACACUACAGAAAGAUGAGUAUGGCAGACUUUGCGCCUUGACACAAUGUGCCAUCGAUGCCGCCCCUGCACCUGACUUCCUGUUUGAGCUGGAGUACUGUGACCAAUUGAAUGUGCGAUUUGAGCGGAUGAGAGAGGAUCGAGAGGUCUUCUAUGCCUUCCACGGGAGUCGUCUGGAGAACUUUCAUUCCAUCAUUCACAACGGGCUGCACUGUCACCUCAACAAGAACUCUGUGUUUGGAGAGGGCACCUACCUCACCAGUGACCUAAGCAUGGCUGUACUCUACAGUCCCCACAGCAGCGGUUGGCAGGAAAGCAUCCUGGGGCCACUGCUCAGCUGCAUCGCCUUGUGCGAAGUCAUCGAUCACCCUGACGUCAAGUGUCAGGUCAAGAAAAAAGAUUCCGAAAUGGUUGACCGACAGCGCUUGAGGGCCAAGAACAGCGAGGCAGGGGACGUGCCCGAGAAGUACUUUGUGGUCACAAAUAAUCAGCUUCUACGUGUCAAGUAUCUGCUGGUUUACUCUCAGAGGAGACACAUGUCCAGACAUUCCCGCAACACCUCAUGGUUUCUCAGGCACCACUUUGCCAUAAUGAUGAGUCUCUACCUUCUGCUGCUUAUAUUCAUCAGCACGGUCAACUCCAACACCUUCAUGUCCUUUUGGAACAGACGCUUCAGAUGA